AGAGACAUCGUCGCAUUGCUAUCGAGCAAGAUGGCUACCUCCGAGUCUUCUCAGACCGAUCCAUUGCUGCUCUUGCGACAAUCAAUAGCAGCAGGAAGCGCUUGCAUCCCCACCACAACUACAGAUGCCACCUCUGCAAGCUCUGUGGACCUCAGCCUAGCUAAAGCAACCUACCUCCAAUUCUCCUCUCCCUCGCAGAUCUCCGUACCGCUCAGUACACCCACGCGCUUCAUCUCCUCAGACAAACCGGUCGACUUGCGCAGUAUCUACUUCGCGUGGCUGAACCGCAACACUGCGAUCCCGGACUACAAUGGCGCCGCGCAGUCUCUCAACUCGGAGCUUGCUUCUGCGGGUGGUGCGGGGGGAGAAGUGCAGAAUCUGGCGUUUGUGGAGAGGCUGGAUCUCAUUACCUGGCUUGAGGGCGCGAGUGAGGAGUCUGAGCAUAUCAGGCCGCUGAAGGAGGAUACGAGUGCGGCGGCAGCGAGCGCGCAGGUUGCGGCUGGGCUGAAAGGCGGCAUUGCGCUGGUCUCGAGUGGGAAGCCUGGCACGGGGAAGACGAUUGAUCCAAGGUUGCAGGAGAUUUAUAAUGGGGAGAGGAAGAUGGGGGAUAGGAAUAGUGUGUUGAGGGGUAUUAAGCCUACUGACUUCUCACAUGUCAGGAAACUUGCGGCGCCGUUUAAUGCUCGCAAGGCGGCUCAAGCUGCUGCGGCGGCGGCGGCUACAGCAACGACUCUUCCGCAUAAUCCAAAGGCUCCAUCUGGUCGUCGUCCGGAUCCGAUUAUCAUGCUCUCUCCGUCCGCUUCCUCGCUGCUUAGGAUGUCCAAUGUGAAGUCCUUCCUCGAGACAGGAAUAUACGUUCCUCCAGACAGUGGAAGCAUGCCUUCAGCCUCCAACGCUCUUCUCAACACAUCCCGCCUGAUACCCUCAGUUGACCCCGUCCGACCCGUCAAAUUCGUAGUCGUCGACACACCUGAACGGUUCAAGCCCGAAUACUGGAACCGCGUCGUAGCAGUCUUCACAACAGGCCAAGCAUGGCAAUUCAAGAGCUACAAAUGGCAACAUCCCCAAGACCUGUUCAAGAAUACCUUGGGUAUAUAUGUGGGCUGGAGAGGCGACCAGUUACCGGAGACGGUGAAGGGAUGGGGAAGAGGCGUCAUGCCGGUUCAGGUUGAUAAGUGGAAUCCUGGACAGGGGAAUGCGGGGAGAUGGAGGGAUCGAGAGGUUGUGGAGGGGAUCUGGAAGGCGAUUGAGGAGAAUAUGAGGUCGAAGGGGUGGAGGAAGGAGAGUGGACCAGUGGGAUCCUGAAUUGGAGUUUGGAUGUAGGAUUCUGAACGGGGCGUUUCAUGGAGUUGGUGGAUGCAGUGAGAUACUGGAAAAGCAUAGAGAAUGAUAUCCAUGAUUUUAAGCAUUUUCGAC